GACCACUUUGAAAUUUUGCGAGCCAUUGGGAAAGGCAGUUUUGGGAAGGUCUGCAUCGUGCAGAAGAACGAUACCAAGAAGAUGUACGCAAUGAAGUACAUGAACAAACAAAAGUGCGUGGAGCGCAAUGAAGUGAGAAAUGUCUUCAAGGAACUCCAGAUCAUGCAGGGUCUGGAGCAUCCUUUCCUGGUUAAUUUGUGGUACUCCUUCCAAGAUGAGGAGGAUAUGUUCAUGGUAGUGGACCUCCUGCUGGGCGGGGACCUGCGUUAUCACCUGCAGCAGAAUGUCCGUUUCCAGGAAGAUACCGUGAAGCUCUUCAUCAGUGAGUUGGCCAUGGCCUUGGACUACCUGCAGAGCCAGUGCAUCAUCCACAGGGAUAUGAAACCUGACAAUAUUUUGCUUGAUGAACAUGGGCACGUGCACAUCACAGACUUCAACGUCGCCGCGAUGCUGCCCAGGGAGACGCGGCUCACCACGGCGGCGGGCACCAAGCCUUACAUGGCGCCUGAGAUGUUCAACUCCAGAAGAGAAGCAGGCUAUUCCUUUGCUGUGGACUGGUGGUCCCUCGGAGUGACAGCGUAUGAACUCUUGAGAGGCCGGAGACCGUACCAUAUUCGCUCCAGCACCUCCAGCAAGGAAAUUGCACACAUGUUUGAGACAGCUAUUGUGACUUACCCCUCUGCCUGGUCACAGGAAAUGGUGUCACUACUUAAGAAGCUACUUGAGCCUAAUCCAGACCAACGAUUUUCUCACUUGUCUGAUGUUCAGAACUUCCCAUAUAUGAAUGACAUGAACUGGGAUGCAGUUUUGCAGAAGAGGCUCAUUCCAGGCUUUAUUCCUAACAAAGGCAGGCUGAAUUGUGACCCCACCUUCGAACUCGAAGAAAUGAUUCUGGAGUCCAAACCUCUUCACAAGAAAAAGAAACGUCUGGCAAAGAAGGAGAAAGAGAGGAGGAAAUGUGAUUCCUCCCAGAUGUGCCUUCUUCAAGAGCAUCUGGAAUCUGUCCGGAAGGAGUUCAUCAUUUUCAACAGAGAAAAGUAA